AUGUCGGAUCUUGAUUUGCGCUUAAUACCAGAGUUUAGUGGUGAUUCUAAAACAUCUGUAACUGAGUGGAUAGAAAAAGUGGAGCUAGUAUGCAGGCUGAGAGGGAUUCACGAGCUUGAGGAAGUUAUACCUCUUCGACUGACGGGGGGAGCAUUUGCGGUGUAUCAGCAGAUCCCUGAAGGAGAUAAAGAAGAUGUCGUUAAAGUAAAGGAGGCACUCACAGCAGCAUUUGCGCACGAUUCGUUCGUGGCCUACGAGAAGUUCGUCUCGCGGAAGCUUUUACCAUCGGAGACACCGGAUGUCUUUCUUGCUGAGCUGAAACGUCUGUCCGCAUUGUUUGGCGGAAUCAGUGAGCGCGGGUUAGUAUGUGCGUUCAUCUCUGGUCUCCCGGCAUCGGUGCGACAGGUUCUACGUACCGGCUGUCGCAUAGAGUCUAUGCGAAUUGAUGAUCUGCUGGUGCGUGCUCGUGCUGUCUUGGCGGACACGAAUGCGUUCGCUGUCAAGGCGCAGUCCUAUGCAGCAAUCACAUCACCGCCACCAGUCGUAGCCGACGAAUGCUGCGGUGGAGUUGGAGCGCGAUAUGAGAGACGCUGCUUCAACUGCAAUGGAGCAAACCAUCUCGCCAGAGACUGUCUCCUCAAGAGGACGGGCACAGAGAAGCGCACCGAUGUCAAGUGCUUCAGGUGUGGUGGUCCGCACUUCCGCCGCCAGUGUCCGGAAAACGCCGUGGGAGAGCAGUCAGCGCCAGCCUUCUCUCCGACUGUCCAAAAAUAG